AUGUUGACCGUCACGUAUUCCUCAUCGGAUAGGGUCGGGUUGGAGGUUACUCUCACCUUGACGUACGGGUUCGGGUCGGGGCACUCUACCAGCUUCCUCCGGUUUACAAGCCGGAACUCCGAUAUCUUCGUAUGGUUUCGGAGCUCUGCUGUUGAUCGGAGCAGCCUUUCCGGCAGCGAGGAGGCGUCUAGCCGGGGCUGGAACCGAAGCCGGAGGGGAAGCAACCAGGCCGGCGUAGGUGCAGCCGGUGGAGGAGGAACUGCCGGCGGAGGUCACGCUGGCGGUGGUGUGCUAACCGGUGGAGGAGCGGCGACGGGAGUAGCAGCAGGUGGCAGAGAACUAACCACCGGCGGAGGCGCGGAGACUGGCGGUGGUGUUGAAACCGGAGGUGGCGUUGCUGCUGGAGGCGUCGGAGUGGUCACCGGAGGCGGACUAGCGGUGGGAGAAGUGGGAGUGGGCGGAGCAAUGGUGGCGGUAGGAGAAUUCGCCGGCGAUUGGCCGCUGACGGUGGCGACUCCAAUGCAGAUGGUGUUCCUUCUCUACAAGUGCCGCAUCAAGCGUAUGGAUGAGUCGCAGAAGCUUGUUGGAGGGAAUUCGCGAAGAAUGAAUGAGCCGGCAGUUCCUCCUCCCGCCUCACCGCCGCCUCCGGUGCCAUCUCCUCCUCCACAGGUUGCACCUAUGCCGGCUCCGGUUGCUUCCCCUCCGGCUUCGGUUCCAGCCCCGGCUCUGUUGAAGUCGACGUCUCCUGCUCCAUCUCCAUCGCAAACGAGCCCUCCGGCUCCGCCGACGGGAGCUCCGGGACCUAGUCUAAUUAGGAAUUAA